GGCGGCGCCCGCCUGCCCCUGGCGCCUGUGCCUGGGUGCAAGACAGCGGCUCGGCUGGUCUGGGGCGUGGAUGCCACCGCCCUGGAUGGACCCCGCCGGCCGGAGGGGCUGAGACAGGCCUGGGGAGGGGGCGACCGGGUGGGGCAUGAGCCCGUGCCCGCCGCGCCUGGCCCUUCAGCCGCGCCCGCCCCGCCCCGCCGCCCUGCCCUUCCCUUCCUGGCGCCGGGCCUCCACGCGGGGCGGCGGGAGGGAUGCGCCGGGGGGGCCGCGGCCGGGCAAGGGCGUUUGAAGGGCCCGCUUGAGCGCCAUGGAUGCCACCGCCGCCGCCGCUUCCUCCUCCGGCGAGGCUCCGGACCGACGGCCUUGCCCGGGCCCAGAGACCCCUGGGCUGAAGGCGCCUGGAGCCUUGCUGGAUGGAGACCCCGCCGGCCGGCCCCGCUCGUCCGCCCUGUCCAGCGAGGGCUCCUCGCAGCCUCCCACGCGCAAAGGCUCCACGGCGGCCGCCAAGGGCGAGAUGGGGCCGGCCCGCGUGGCCGAGCAGAUCGUGGCCGCCGACCUGGCCUCCGCCGCCGCCGCGGCAGCCUCGGGGCUGGAAGACCCCGGCGGCACCUUCGUGCAGCGCCAGCUGGGCGCCCUGCUCCAGCCGGCCAUCAACAAGUUCUCCCUCCGCAUGUUCGGCAGCCACAAGGCGGUGGAGAUCGAGCAGCAGCGGGUCAAGUCGGCCGGCUUCUGGAUCAUCCACCCCUACAGCGACUUCAGGUUUUACUGGGACUUGAUCAUGUUGCUGUUGAUGGUCGGCAACUUGAUCAUCCUGCCCGUGGGGAUCACUUUUUUCAAGGACGAGAACACGCCUCCCUGGAUCGUCUUCAAUGUCCUCUCGGAUACCUUUUUCCUGGCCGACUUGGUGCUGAAUUUCCGGACGGGGAUCGUGGUGGAAGACAACACCGAGAUCAUUCUGGACCCCCACACCAUUAAGAUGAAGUAUCUCAGGAGCUGGUUCCUGGUGGAUUUCAUUUCCUCCAUCCCCGUCGAUUACAUCUUCCUCAUCGUAGACCUGGAGACGCAAGUGGAUUCGGAAGUGUAUAAGACCGCCCGGGCCCUCCGCAUCGUCCGUUUCACUAAAAUUCUUAGCUUGCUACGUCUUCUACGGCUCUCUCGUCUCAUCCGUUACAUCCACCAGUGGGAAGAGAUUUUCCACAUGACCUACGACCUGGCCAGUGCCGUGGUCCGGAUCUUCAAUCUCAUCGGGAUGAUGCUCCUCCUGUGCCACUGGGACGGCUGCUUACAAUUCUUGGUUCCCAUGCUGCAGGACUUCCCUGAAGACUGUUGGGUUUCCAUCAACCACAUGGUGAAUGACUCCUGGGGAAAGCAAUAUUCGCACGCUUUGUUCAAAGCUAUGAGCCACAUGUUGUGCAUUGGCUAUGGUCAGCAGGCCCCCGAGGGCAUGACCGAUGUCUGGCUGACCAUGCUGAGCAUGAUUGUGGGUGCCACCUGCUACGCCAUGUUCAUCGGCCACGCCACUGCCCUCAUCCAGUCGCUGGACUCCUCUCGGCGCCAAUACCAGGAGAAGUAUAAGCAAGUGGAGCAGUACAUGUCCUUCCAUAAGUUACCAGGAGACACGCGUCAGCGGAUCCACGAGUAUUACGAACACCGAUACCAGGGGAAAAUGUUUGACGAAGAUAAUAUUCUGGAAGAAUUGAGCGAACCCCUUAAAGAGGAGAUCAUCAAUUUUAACUGCCGGAAUCUGGUGGACAACAUGCCCCUCUUUGCCAACGCUGACCCCAACUUUGUCACGGCGAUGCUGACCAAGCUGCGCUUUGAGGUUUUCCAGCCAGGAGAUUUUAUCAUCCGAGAGGGAACCGUGGGGAAAAAGAUGUAUUUCAUACAACACGGGGUGGUCAGCAUUCUCACCCGGGGCUCUAAGGAAAUGAAGCUUUCAGACGGAUCGUAUUUUGGGGAGAUCUGCCUUCUGACCCGGGGCCGGCGCACGGCCAGUGUCCGGGCCAACACCUACUGCCGCCUCUACUCCCUUUCCGUGGACAACUUCAACGAAGUCCUGGAGGAAUACCCGAUGAUGCGUCGAGCCUUUGAGACCGUUGCCAUGGAUAGGCUGGACCGGAUAGGGAAGAAAAACUCCAUCCUCUUGCGGAAGAGAGCGGAGCAUAGUUCCAGCACGGUCAACAACGAGAUGAUCCAGCAGAUCGUCAAGCACGACCAAGACAUGGCACACAACAUCCAGGACCUCCAGCCCAUGACUGCCGGCCGGGAGCUGAGUGGCAAGCCGGUUAUCUGGGAGCCACUGGUCCACGCCCCACUGCAGACUGCGGCUGCCACCACCAGCGUGGCCAUCGCAUUGACACAUCAGCAAAGUCUGGCGACGCACAUCUUCCUUCCCCCUUCGUCCAUCUCCAGCCCUCUCUCCCCCGACUCGGCUGCUCUCCUGCACCACCGUCGCUCUCAACCCAGCCUAGGGGGCUCCCGGCCGUCCUCCGUCAGCUCGCCUGCCUCGGGGCCGCAGUCCCACCUGCAGACACCUGCAGCCGGCUCGCCGUGUUCUCCUGUGGUUCAGUGCAUGUCCCCCUUGGAAAGUACACUGGGCAAAGGUCAAGUCCUGCCGCGGCCUGUUCAAAAGGGGGACCCCAUCCCUGGAAUGAGCCAGCCUCAGCUGUCCGAAACGCGGGGUACGUCAGUCUCCACAUCUCUCUUGCAGCAGGCAGCACACAGCACAUCCAUCCCGCCAGGACGAACUCUGCACUCUAGUCUCUCUCGGGCCACCGGAUCCCAUAUUUCCCUGUUCUUGCAGCCUCAGCAGAUGGUGAAACAUCGGAGUUCCCAGGGUCUUUCGGUGGGACGUCUGACGCAGGACAUCCGGCCGCUUUCGGCUUCUCAGCCUUCCUUGCCAAACCGGCUCACCCAACCCUCGGACAUGGGGUCAUCCCAGCAGGCGCGGAAGUCAGCCAGGAACGUCACGUACCGUUCCUCUCCGUCGGUUCCCGGUCUGUUAGGGAAAACAAGCACGGGGGCCACUGGGCUGUCCGGUUCCUCUCAGCAGGCCCCUUCAGGGUCCAGCCGGUCAGUGAGUGGGGCCACCACCCCUCAGUCGCCUGCCUCCGCUGCGCGGCACAGCGCCACACCUUCCCGUAAGGGUUCUGUAGCAUUCAGUCCUGAUGUCAACACGGGGAAACCGAAGCUGCCAUCUCAUAUGUGAAACCAGGGUAAACACAGGGCUACUAGUCCCUUUGUGGGCAGGCCUUGGGGGCUUAGCUGGGGGGGGGGCAAGGAAAGAGACACGCCGCGGUAUCCUGAGGGCCGAUGUCCAGGCCUGGCAUAAACCCGUUGGAGAGGGACUAGGAAGUGUUUCUACACGGAGAUCCUACGAAGAGGAACAGAAACCAUCGGAUACCCAAGAUAUGAUCUACAAUUUGGUUUCUUCGGGUAGCAAAUUCCCUCGGGUCAAGUUAACCACAACAGCAAACUCCUUCACAACCAUGUUGUGAGUCCACUCCAGCGGAAGAAGCCAGAAUCCUGAGCCUGACGAUGUUCGGUGUGUCCAUUUUUCAACCGCACCAAAAUGGGCCCCCCAGUUACUUUAGCGAACAUGCCAAAAUGGAGUGUUUUUUUCCUGACCCCUGCCUUUAGGAAUCUUUUUUAACAGCCAGAUAAUUGACAUAGUGACCUCUUUCUCUCCACUCUUCUUGCCCCAAAUUUGUGCAAUAUCCACCUCAAGAUGUUUUGUGCAAGUGUGGGUUUAACUGUAGAAAUCCCGGUUCCGAGCCAGAGGGAGGGGAUUAUGGACUUUGUUUGCCCUAUCCCCAAACCACUCGUGUCCUCCCUCCAUAGUGGACAGAGGAAGAAAAACCCAUUGAAUUUCCCCAAUACAGAUAGUCCCCGACUUACAACAAUUUGUUUAGUGACCGUUCAAAGUUACAACAGCACUAAAAAUGACUAUUUUUCACACUUACGACCGCGGCAGCAUCCCCAGGGUCAC